AUGGCACCACCGCACCGGCCGGUCGCUGGAGCCUGUGUCCCGGUGCUUGUGGUCAGUGUCUCAGCGUCUCCGAGAGCUCUGCGGUUUGCCGUCAGUUCAGUGCAACAAAAUCACAAGCACGGACUCACAUCGGCAACACACGCAGCACUGCACAGCCGUGAGAAAAAUGCCAUGGUGUUUGUGGAGGACGACGAGGGAAGAGGAAGAAGUCUGCAGAAUCUGAAGUGUUUGUGA